AUGCCGACAACCGCUGUCCCGGCCACGACCAAGGAUCUGGAAGAACAAGUGGUGCCUGUAAAAGUGGUUGCUUUCAGAGCCUUGACUGAAUUGUUGAAGAGGCAACCGCAACACUUCCACAAUUAUGCUGAGCUCACCUUGAUCAAGAUCUUCGGAACAUUGAAGGAGCCUGAAAGAGAGGUGAAGCGUGCUGCUGAGCUGUGUUCUAUAGAAUCUGUGCCUGCGCUACACCCCGAGCAAACAUUCCGGCUCAUCGGGGAGUCGGAUGACCAAGACGUUGUGAUCGCUGUCAUCAAGGCCAUGUCCCGACUAGUGGAAGUGCAUCAAAGGAUUAUUGUGGAGCUGCUGCCUCAGAUAAUAGCUGUCUUUCUGAAGGGGUAUGAUCACAGCGAAAGUUCUGUUCGGAAGGCGGCAGUAUUUGGCAUGGUGACGCUGCAUGGCGUUGUCGGCUCUGAAUUGAUGAAGCCACACUUGGCUUCCCUUACGGGAUGCAAGAGGGCACAGGGCAACAGCACCAGAAGCACACCUGGCUUCCCUACAAAUACAGCAUGUUCCUCCGGCAAUCGCUAA